UCCCCUGCCCCCGGACGAAUUGCUCCCGAAAGGCGAUGCGGAGAAGACGGAGGAGGAGCUGGAAGAGGAUGACGACGACGAGGUUUUCCAGGGCAGCCCUGUGGAUCGGGACAACUUCCUUCAUGAUCCUGGUUCUUCCUGUUGUCUUUGAGACUGAGAAGUUGCAAAUGGAGCAACAGCAGCAACUGCAGCAGCGGCAGAUACUCCUAGGGCCUAACACAGGGCUGUCAGGAGGAAUGCCAGGGGCUCUACCUUCACUUCCUGGAAAGAUCUAGAUUGUUACUGCUCUAUUUGACCUGUCUUGGUGGGAGAAGUUUGAAAAUUCAAUACUGUUUGAACUGAUUUUUUUCUUCUUUUUGGCACAAAAAAUAAAUCUGGUUGGGAAAAUGUCCCGUUCGUUGUCUCAUGGAGACUCCCAACUUGCAGCUGUGUCCUCCAAGCUUUCCUGGCUGACUUCUCUCCUCACUGAACCAGAGUGCAUCGAUGCAGAUGGUCACUCCAACUCCGGCCAUCCCCUCACUAAAUCACUCCUCACCAGGUCUCCUCAGUGUCUGCUUGUGGAGUAGGAACUGAUGCCACUGGAAAGGAUGUACCCGACCAUUAACGACGGUUUUGUUCUGACAUGCACUCUAUGAAAUACAAAAUGCAUUACAGCUGUAGUGUGAAAGCAGCCACUGUGAAUUUGUAUGUUGGAAACGAGGGAGGGCCAGCAGCAGUUUUAACCACAGGAUGGGUACUGUGGAGGGCAGAGCAGGAGCUCAUGUCCUAUGUGCAUUUUGGCCAUUCGACCUGUGUGUCUAAAA